AUGUCGAGAUCAUCAUCCAGAAGAAAUAGUCAAGCCAUUGGUUCUCUCAUUAAUUACGCAAACUCUGAUGAUACAUAUAAUGUCAAAGCAAUCCUUUAUGAAAAUCAUAAUCAUAAUCUGUUAAUACUUAAAACCCAAAAACUUUAUACUUGUAUUAGAUUUGAUAAUAAAAGUAAUUCAUCUUUCUUGUUACAAUAACAACGAACAAUUAAGUGAAUUGUAUUUUUAAUACAUCUAAGCAUAAAUAGAUAAAAAUAUUCAUACAAAACAAGAAGUUGAACAAUGGGUUAAUUAACAAAAUGAUGAAGGAUUCACAGCAUUACAUCUUGCAGCUUAUCGAGGAUCAUUAGUAUUCAUAUUUAGAAUAUUAGAAAACCAUUAAAUUACUUGAAUAAUAUGGUGCAGAUUAUACAAUUAAAAAUUAUAAUGGUAUAUUAUAACUUCCUAUAAAAGAGUUAACUGUUUUACAUACAGCAUCAUAAGGAGAUUGUCCAUUAACUAUAUAUUAUUAUUUACAGAAAGGAAUACCAAUUAAUGUAGUGGAUAACAAAGGCUCAUCCCCACUUCAUUGGGCUGCUUAUUCAGGUUCAUAUAAUGCUGUAAAUUUCUUAAUUUCAUGGAAUGCUAAUAUAAAUCUUUAAGAUACAGAUACUUCAGUUACACCUUUACAUUUAGCUACUAUGUAAGCUAAUUCUAGAAUUGUUCGAAAACUUUUAAUGAAAGGAGCAAAUCGUUCAAUUAAAGAUUCUAGUGGUAAAACUCCUUUAGAUUUGGCAAUUGAGAGUGAUUUUAAAACAAUUGAAAUUAUGAUUGUAAAUUUUCAUGAUUACUUUAGAGAGAUAAAAAUGAUAUUCUUAUAUUUUGUAAUGUUAGAUAACCAUUUAGACCAGUAGUUCAAUAAAGGAAUAGUUAAAUUGCUUUCAUUUCUAUGUAUAUGACUUGUUUUAUUUGUACUAUACUAUUCACCUUCCCAUGUAAUUAUUAAUAUGUUAUAAAAUGUAGUUGUUUCUAACACAAUAUGGAUGUGGAUAUUUUUUACUUUAACUAGUAUAACUGUUAUAUUUUUCUUUAUUUCUUGUGCCAAAGAUGCUGGAAUAGUAAAUACAGAUCAUAAAUUAAGUAUGCUUUAAAUAUUAGAAAAAUAUGAUUGUUCAAAUAUAUGUGCAGAUUGUAAGGUAUAUUUAUAAACACUAAUUAUAGUUAGUUAGACCUAGAAGAUCAAAGCAUUGUGAUGUUUGUUAAAAAUGUGUUAUGGUAUAUGAUCAUCAUUGUCCUUGGAUAAAUAAUUGUGUAGGAGCUAAGUAAUUAAUUUUAUUUAAUUAGAAAUCAUUUUGUGUUUUAUUUUUUCAUUAUUAGUUUGUUCUUCGAAUUUAUUUUGUAAUUCUUUAUGCAAUUUUCUCAUUAUAAUUCAAAUAUUGUCUAAAGAUGGUUUACUAAUACUGAAGAUUGGCUAUUAAUUGGAAAAAAGUUUACAAUUUAUUAUGUCAUUAUUUAUUGUUUACUAUUUAUUGUACCUUUAGGGUAUUUGAUAUUUAUAAUUAAGAAUUCUAAUUUACAUAUAAACCAUUAAUCUAUUGACUGGACAAACAACCUUUGAAAGACAUAGUUUGGGUGCUCCUGGUUCAAAAGAUGAUAAAUCAAAUGAAAAAAGUGCAAUAAAUCGAAGUGAAGAAUAAUCAAUGGAAUCCACAGAACAAGGAUAAGGUGGAACUUAAUAAUCAAAUUAUGAUUAAUAAUAAAAAAUGGAAUAAUCACAUUUUAGUUUGGGAAAUUGUUUUGAAAUGUGUUUUAUUAAUAAAAAGAAAAAAGAAUAUAGUAGUGAAUUAGCAACAGAAUUUAUUGAACUCUGA